GAGAGCGAGACUGCAUGCACGAUCAGGACGUCGGAAUCGAGUGUUUAUAUUACGAAGAACCUGAUGAUGCCAUACCAGUCUGGGAGAUAGCAAUUAUCGCCGUCAUUGGUUCGUCAAUAUUCCUCAUCCUCAUCGUCCUUGCUAUCUACUAUCGAGGGCGCCCUCGCCGUCGUGGCUCCUCCCCCACCCACACCGCAUCACGUGAUGACCAUGGGUACAUCCAUAAUCCUGCUUUCGACAUGACCGAGCCCCCGCCAGACUACCGGCCUUCCACGCCACCGCCAACCGAGUCGCCGCCCUCGUACGAGUCGGUGGCCAUGCCUCCCUACAAGCCGAACGAGGACGCCGCCCCUCCUCAGGUUGACGAGGAUAACCGUCGUGGACAAGAUCAAAAUGAUCAAAGAACUAUACUUCAAAACGGUGCGAUGUCUCGUGGUAUGUAUUAA